GGGAAAUGUUAUUGUUGGAGGCCACGUAUGAGACACGCUCCGCCUCUAAGGCGCUGGCAACCGUAUCUAACAGAUAGAGUCCAUGAGUAACCAGCUAGGCGGGGGUGCAUUAAGGAAAUUAUAAGAGGAAAUUAUAAGGCAUCGAAGAUGACGUACAGAUCGGGAGAAAAAUGAUAUAUUACAGGCGGACUUUUACCUUUAGAAGAGGACACUGUGUUACUGCUUUGUAAAACCGGCUUUUAAACGCCAUCGUCAUGUAAGGAUUAUAGGACUGAAGAUAAAUGAGAACCCCAACUAAUUCCUUUAAAAAGAUUCCACUAAGAGCAGUAAAGAGAAGAUUGCUCCCCAAUAUAACGGAAGCACGAGAGGGUCCCAGCUGCUGCUUGUACAUGGCGCACUGAGAAGAGGCUCGACCACAGAGUGGAAGAGGGGUACGACAGUGAAAGCAAAGGAAGGAGCCAGACGUCACCAUGUCAUAUUAUGAUGGGGAGGGCCUCUUCAACCCUGCCUACCACGACUCUGAAACGCUGGAAAUAGACAGGAGUCCCUCAAGAAAGAGUAAUCAUCACAACCAUUAUGACUGGAACCCAGAGCCCGCUGCCAUGCUGCCACUCCAUGUGGGUGGGGGGGACUGGCUCAGGGGUCAGGGCAGCUGGAGGUCUCCGGACAGCAUUCCCAUGGUUCCACUCUCCAGCCAGUAUGGAGACAGGGCAUGGCAGCUUAACCACGAGCCAGGCAACGGUCAGAUACGAAUGAAUUUGCCGAUGGAUUCCAGUACAUUCCGCCAUGAGGAGCAGCCCCCGGGGACGCUGCGAAUGAGUGUCACAUCAAUGCGACGGAGAGGAACACUGAAGACAGGUCUACUGCCAGGUGGUAAUGUAGCUCUGGAGAAGAUUGGCCUGACUGAAGAAGACGUAAGGGAUGAGAUCAUGAGCGAGGAGCAGGACCUAGUGAAAGAGCUGGUGGCCUUGUCAACGAGGGAAUGUAUCCAGGCCAUCCGAGACCUACCCAUGUGCAUGGAAGACAAGAAAAAUAUCCGGAACCAAGUACUGGCAUCAAAGUCGUCUAAGAAGGGCUUCUUGCUCACUUGUUCCGCGGACUGUUCUGAGCAGAUUUCUUUGUCUCUCCGCAGGUGUGGCGUCGGCUUGUCAUCGGCCAGGCAGGCCGUGCAGCUGUGGCAGGGCACCAUGAAGGAGAUCGGGGGCCGUUUUGGCACCAGCGUCCUGUCGUACUUCAGCUUCCUGAAGUGGCUGCUCAUGUUCAACACCAUCUCCUUCUUGGUCAACUUCGGCUUCAUCACCAUCCCGCAGCUGGUGCAGACCUCAGGGAGGAGCCCUGAUGUACGGUUCACAGGGCUAGAACUGAUCACCGGUGCUGGGUAUUUCAAUCAGACAGUAAUGUACUAUGGUGGCUACAUUAAUGGGACGAAGGACAAUGACUUCGAGUACAACAUGCAGCUGGCCUACUUCUUCACCAUCGCAGCCUACCUGGUCUUAUGUGGAGUGUCUCUUAUCUACAGCAUGGCCAAGUCGUUCCGGAGGAACUUUGUGCUCUCGGACCUGAGCUCGGGCAGCGCCUGGCGUCUCCUGUGCAGCUGGGAUUUCAGCAUGGUCAAUGAGAGAGCUGUACGACAGCGUAAGAAUAACCUGCGUGUCCAGCUUAAGGAGUCUCUUUCGGAAGUGAUGCAGACAGAUUUCCUGGCCGUGUCAGAGAAGAUGAAGCAGUUUGGAAUUCACCUGUGCACCUGGGUGGUUUCCGCAGGGCUUGCAGCCAGCUCCUGUGCUGCCAUAUACUACCUAUGUCAGUACAAUCUGCAGAUCAAAGUGUCUCAGAACCCUGGAAAUCUGAAGGAAGAGGCCUCCACUCUGCUUCUCCCAUUCGUGGUGUCCCUAUUCAACCUUGUCAUCCCACUCCUCUACUCACUGCUCAGCAAGGUGGAGAAUUACUCCAACCCUCGCUUUCAGAUCUACGUCAUCAUCCUCAGAAAUGUCUUCUUAAAGAUGUCCAUUCUCGGCAUCCUGUGCUAUCAUUGGGUGAACAAUGUGACUACAAACAUACCAAUGUGUUGGGAAUCUUAUGUGGGACAAGACUUGUACCGGCUCGUGAUUGUCGACUUCUUCUUCUCCAUAUUUGGCUCAUUCUUCGGAGAGUUUCUGCGCAGAAUCGUCGGAACCAGAUGUAUGCCAAGCAUUGGGAUUCCAGAGUUUGAUAUCGCUAAAAACGUUUUAGACCUGAUCUAUGCACAGACCCUGACAUGGAUUGGCAUUUACUUUUCCCCACUCCUGCCACUUAUACAGAUGAUAAAGUUAUUUCUUCUGUUCUACUUGAAGAAGGUCAGCCUAAAUAGGAACUGCCAGCCCCCCCGCCGGUCUGGCCGUGCUGCUCAGAUGCAGACCAUCUAUAUUGCACUGCUCUUCUUCCCCUCCUUUGUGGGGGCGCUGUCUUUGGUGGCGUACACAGUGUGGUGUCUGACGCCCUCAGACAGCUGUGGGCCCUUCCAGGGCCUCAACACCACCUUUGAGGCAGUGUCCCUCUGGAUGGAGGACACGGCCAUCAUCUCACAAUUCUCCUGGGCCGUGUGGAUCUACAGCCAUAUGAUUAAGAGCGAGCUCUUCUUCUUCCUUCUUGCCCUGAUCCUCCUUGUGCUGAUAUACUUUUUUUGGCAAAUAACUCAAGGACGCAAAAUGUUGAUUAUUCUUCUCAAAGAACAGAUCAUUAAUGAGGGCAAAGACAAAGCUUUUCUGUUAGAGAAGCUCAGGACUUUUCAGAAUAUUUCCUUGGUUCCCCAUCAUGCAGAGAAUGUGCAUGAACCUCAGUACUUUGAGAGGACAUAUCAGACUGCAUCAGAUUACACUGAAGGCUAUCAAAGAGGGGCUUGCCCUGAAGAGGACACCCCUCCUUUUGCAUCCAGUGCUCUGAUCCAGGCUAUGCUGGCUAGACAGCAAGCGGAGGAAGAAGAUGACGAGUAUUAACAGCUCCGGUUCAUUAUAUCAUCUCUGCAAUGAUAUUUAGUAGUUUUACUCCAGUUGUAAAGCAGGGGGUCUUUCUUGAGCAGUUUGCUAUUUAAGUAACCCCCUUGCUAAAGGGUGCACCAGGUCUUCUGCUGUGAUUACUUGAAAUGCUACCAGAUGUCAAAAGUGUUUUGUUCUCUCCACAAACAAAUGCUCUCCAUUCCUAGUUGCCCGGCCUUUAAAUAUCACAGUAAAAAAAAGAGACAAUUUGA